CGGAAGUGAACCAGGGCCCCUCCGAUCAGUCGCCGCUCGUGCCUACUCAAUUAAGGGACGUUUGCGCACUCCCGAGACACCAGGAAAUAUGGCGGCGCUCAUGACUCUGAGUCAGUUAUCAAGUGGAAACCCAGCCUAUGACAAUUAUUACAGACAGCUGGACCCGGGAAACACAGGCAAAGUAUCGGCUGGAGAUGCAGCUCAGUUCCUUAAGAAGUCAGGGCUGUCAGAUAGUACAUUGGGGAAGAUUUGGGAUUUGGCAGAUUCAGAAGGAAAAGGCUAUUUGGACAGACGGGGUUUCUUCAUUGCUCUGAGACUUGUGGCCUCAGCACAGGGUGGAAAUGAUAUCAGCCUUAAUAACCUCAACCAAAACUUAGCUGCUCCCAAAUUUAAAGACACUAACAGCCCAUUAUUAAGUGUUUCAACGACGGGACCUGACUCCCAGUGGGCAAUUAGGUCUGAUGAAAAAGGGAAGUUUGAGGGCAUUUUUGAGAGUCUGUCCCCUGUGAAUGGUCUCCUCUCCGGUGAUAAAGUCAGGCCAGUUUUGAUAAACUCCAAGCUACCUCUGGAUGCGUUAGGAAAGAUUUGGGACCUAAGUGAUGUGGACAAAGAUGGACACUUGGACAAAGAUGAAUUCACAGUGGCCUUGCAUCUUGUGUAUCGCGCCAUGGAGAAGGAGCCUGUCCCAACUACCUUACCCGCUUCCCUCAUCCCCCCGUCUAAAAGGAAGAAGUCUGCAGGAACCCUGCCAGGUGCUGUGGCUGUGUUGCCUACUCUGUCUGGGCUUAUGGCUGGCCCAGCCCCUCUAAAAGAAUCCCUGCGAAGCACUCCUCCUCUGGCCAGUGCUACUCCCUUCAGCAGCAGUACUGUCAACCUCUCUCCUAAACACUCCUUUAAAUCCAGCUCACCGCCAGUGGUGAACUGGGUGGUACCGGUGGCUGACAGGGAGCACUAUGAUGAGAUCUUCAAGAAAACAGACAGCGACAAUGACGGCCUUGUUAAUGGAACUGAGGUCAUAGAGAUCUUCAUGCAGUCCAGUCUCUCCCAGACUAUGCUGGCACAGAUAUGGGGACUCGCUGACACUAAACAGACGGGCAAGCUGACCCGGGAGCAGUUCUCUCUGGCCAUGUACCUAAUCCAGCAGAAGGUCAUUAAAGGCGCUGACCCUCCCUCCACUCUAACCCCAGACAUGAUUCCCCCAUCAGAAAGGACUACAGCCACAUCGGCGGGCCCUAGCUAUGUGGGGCUUAUGCCAGCUGUGAGACCUGAACUUGCUGCAGUAGCUAAUAUGCGCAGAGACAGCAGCAGCUCCACGGGGUCCGCCGAGCUGACGGGCAUCAAAGAGCUGGAUGACCUCAGCCAGGAAAUAGCUCAGCUGCAGAGAGAGAAAUUCAUUUUGGAGCAAGAGAUCAGGGAAAAGGAGGACACCAUCAGACAGCAAAAUGGUGAAGUUCAGGACAUGCAGAAUGGAUUGGACAGGGAGAGCUGCAGCCUGCAGGACCUAGAGUCGCAAAAGCAGGAUGCCCAGGAACGUCUGGAGGAGAUGGACCAGCAGCGCUCCAAGCUGGAGGGAAUGCUCAACGAUGUCAAGCAGAAGUGCCAGGAAGAGUCCCAGAGGAUCUCGUCUCUGCAGAGCCAGAUCCGCUCUCAGGAGACGGACCUCCAGAGCCAGGAGGAAGAGCUGAGCCGCACCAAGACGGACCUGAGCCGGCUGCAGGAGGAGGAGGCCCUUCUCGAGCAAAGUCUGCUCUCUGGUCGGGUCCAGCUGGACAGCAUCACCAAGUCGCUCAAAACCACUCAGGAAGAGAUCAACCAGGCACGCAGUAAGCUGUCGCUGAUCCAGGACAGCCAAAAGGAGAUGACCAAGACCAUUGAGCAGUACAACAGCGCUUUGAAUGACAUCAACGGAGGAAACUUCAGCAACCUGCCGGACUUAAGUGAAGGGUUUGCUGAGAAGGAGAACGGAGGUUUCAGAAGUGCGGAUGACUCUUUCAAGUCAAAGAUAGCCAUGUUCAACAACAGCAGUGCUAAGGAGCCUCCAGCAGACCCCUUCCAGACAGAGGACCCCUUCAAGUCCGAUCCCUUCCUAGAUCCAUUUGGAGGAGAUCCUUUCAAAGAAAGCGACCCCUUCAAAGGCAACUUAACUGAAGAUCUUUUUCAGAGAACGGACAAGUCUAACCUGUUUGGAUCGUCGGACCCCUUCAGUAGAAAACCCACACCACCAGCCAAGCCAAGUGCCCUGACAUCUAACAGCCCAAAACCAGAUGUGUUUGGGACAGUGAGCCCCUUUGGAAGCAACUCUUUUGGAAGCAAGGGGGGUGGAUUUGCCGACUUUAGUCAGAUGUCCAAGAAGUCAGACAACCCAGUCCUCCCAUCAAAGAAGAAUGUGCCUAACCGGCCUGCACCUCCCUAUGGAGGUCUGCUCAGUUUGACUGCUUCAGAGCUGUCCCAGAGCGUUUGCUCCACAGCAGACAGUAAAGAAUCUUUUGUUACGACACGCUCGAGUAAAGCGUCCAAAGACUGUCCUGUGGGUUUUGCAGGUUUGGGCUCUUUUGGAAGUGAGAGCCAGACACUGGAGUGGGUCAAGCAGGAGAGCGAGCGUGAGGAGCAGGAGAGGCUGAGGAGGCUGUGGCUCCAGGAGCAGCAGGACCUGGAACUGGCCAUCGCUCUCAGCAGGGCCAAUAUGCCCAGCGUCUGAUCAGCCAUGCCCCACCACAUCUAUUUGUAUUCUUGCUUCUGCCUUACAGUCCUCUGUCCGCAGGCACAUGACAACAGCACCAACACUGACUAGCAGCCCCUGUUACCAAUUUGUGUAAGGGACCAGUGUUUCUCUAGCCAUGACUGGACUCGAGUCAAACAACUCCACAUUUAGUAACCAGUUAUGGUUCAUUGCUCCCAAACUACACGGCAACUAUAAUCAAGGACAAUACGGAGCCACUUGAUUUAAGCCUGGCUUCAUCCUGCAAGAACAUAGCGAUUUAACGCAACCCGAAGGAGCAGGGUACUCCACUACAACCUACAUCUAGCUCCAUAUUUUGUUAUGGCUAAUCACCCUGCCUUAUCCAAAAGCCUUUCUGUUGCAAGUAAAAAAAAAUAACUUGUUUUAUUUAUAUACAAAUGCAGUCUGCGGUGUAUGAAGUAUGUGUUCAAUGCACUAUAUAAACGGUUUUAUAUAACCUUUAAUAUUUGAAAAGAAAUUUGUAUGGAAAGUCAAACCAGAUACGCCAACUACUCUGCUGGCCUAUGAUUGAGUUCGUCCAAUUUCAAAUGUUUUUUUUUUUUUUUUUUUUUAAAAGAAACUUCUUCAUCUACUGUAAAUAUUAGUUAGAUGAUGGUUUUAUGUACAAGCACUGGAACAAAAAAACAAGCCUUUCUUAAAGGACCGGAGCUUAGUGAUCAGAUCGUCCAUGGCAUGCUUUAGGUUUUUAUUUCAAAUAUUACAGCUGUUUCUUACCAUUUAUGCCUGCAUAUGGAAUAUUUAUGGCCUUGAAGUACAA